UUUCAUUGAAGCAAAUGUUCGAAAAGCAAAGUGGUCAGACUGUUCAUUUUACUUCAAUGAUUCGGACUGUAAACGUCUCUUCUCAAUUGUUCCACGAUGUUAACGAUUGUAGAGAGAGUAGAUAUCAUUUCCUCGCACUUUGAGGCUCAUAGAAAUGUUGAAGAAGCUCGUCAAAGGUAUGCUAAUCUGUUCCCUGAUAGGAAUGUUCCUUCUGCAACGGCUUUUCGCAGUAUUGUCCAACUGUUUACUGAAACUGGAAGUGUUAAACCUAGAGAAAGAGUCCGACCGCGGCCUGUGACAAACGAAAAUAACACAGUGAAUGUUUUAGCUGCAGUUGCUGCAAAUCCUCACAUUAGUUCUAGGCAAAUUACGCGAGGUUCAGGAAUUUCUCAAAGAAGUGUUCUACGCAUACUGCAUGAACACACAUUUCAUCCAUUUCAUUUAUCGCUGCAUCAAGAACUGCAUGGUGACGAUUUUCAAAAUCGCUUGAAUUUUUGCAACUGGAUACAGGAACAACUGGCAGUCAAUGAUAAUUUCAUUUUACAGAUACUUUUCUCUGAUGAAUCAAAUUUUACGAAUCGUGGUCAAGUGAAUCGACAUAAUAUGCAUUAUUGGUCAGUAGAGAAUCCCCAUUGGUUAAGGCAAGUUGAACAUCAACGCCCGCGGAGUGUCAACGUUUGGUGCGGUAUUUUAGGUACUCAGGUAAUUGGCCCAUACUUCAUAGAAGAAUGGAUAUGUGGUUUCAACACGAUGGAUGCCCAGCGCAUUAUUCACGAAUAUCUCAAGAAGUUUUGAAUGGAAACUAUCCGGGUCGAUGGAUUGGACGAGGAGGUCCUCAAAAUUGGCCCGCACGUUCACCCGAUUUGACUUCUGCCGAUUUUUUCCUGUGGGGAAGGCUAAAAGAGAGAGUUUACAUGGAUGUACCAACAACCCCAGAAAAUAUGCAGCAGCGAAUUAUUAAUGAAUGUGCAAACAUUAGCGCAGAGACACUUAUAAAUGUCGGACCGUCUUUCAGACACAGAGUUGCAAUGUGCAUUAGAAACAACGGACAUCAUUUCGAACAUUUGCUUCAAUGAAACACUUGUGAGAGGCAAGGGGACUCACAG